AGAGAGAGAGAGAGAGAGAGACAGUGUCAGUAGAGCAGGGUACAGGACACAUUGCUUUCUCCCUCUUCUUGUCAUGACAGUGUGAUGUGAGAGGGUGUGUUCGGGACAGGGGAGAGACGAAGAAAAACAAACUCCUGCUGCACCUCUCCCUCUAUUUGGAUUCCAUCCAGGAUUUUUUUGUUUGGGUUUUGCUGUACAUGAAGAAGACUGACAGUGGUGCACUCUACGUGACAAGCUGUGUGUUUGCUAAGUCCUGCUGUUUUUCUUUUGUUGUUACUGGAAACUUGCCCUUAGGAUCUUCAUGUGUCAGAGGGCAUGAUCGACAACGCAGUGGAUAUGGACAGUCUGAACAGGAACUUGCCUGAACGCGGAUGGCAGACCCAUAAGGUGUUACAGAGCACACCACUGGAUCUGUUUGAGAGUGGCAAGGCGCUGAAGGUCCAGGCAGAGCGCCCCCAUCUGGUCAGUCUGGGCAGUGGCCGUCUCAGUACGGCCAUCACACUGCUGCCCCUUCCCGAAGGUAGGACCACGUUGGGCCAUGGGGCGAUGGACAUCAGCAUCCAGGGCCCAGGAGUUGCCGCCCAGCACUGCUACAUAGAGAACCGGGCAGGGAUCAUCACUCUCCACCCCUCUGGGAACCAGUGUGCGAUAGACGGGCUUCCUGUCACCAAACCGGUCCGCCUGUCACAAGGCUGUAUGCUGUGUUUUGGCCAGUCGGCUUUUUUCCGCUUCAACCACCCAGAGGAGGCGUUCAGGAUGAAGAGCAUGAUGCCAGAGGGAAGCAGGGGCUCCGGUGGGAACUACAGAAUCCACUCAGAUACAGAGGGCCUGGUCAAUGGGAACCAUCAGUCAGGAGCGUCCCAGUCGCGCCACCCAGCCCCCGGGGAGAGAGACUCCCGUUCCGAGCAUAGUGCCAUCGUCAGCUCCAUCGAAAAGGACCUGCAGGACAUCAUGGACUCCCUAGUCAUGGAUGAUCCCCAGCCUCCCUCUUCAGACCACCCCAUCCCCCACUCCCCGCUGUCCCCUAUGGUCAAUGGAGGAGGCCGAUACCUCCUCUCCCCUCCCACCAGCCCAGGAGCCAUGUCGGUGGGCUCCAGUUAUGAGAACACUUCCCCACCCUUCUCCCCCCUGUCCUCUCCCUCGGCGGCCAGCAGCGCAGGCAGCUACACCAGCCCUUCUCCCAGCGGCUGCCUCGACCCCCAGGACCCAUCCCUGCCCCCCGUGCCGGUCCGCUCAUCCAGCUACAACUAUACAACUACACCACCCAUCCCCCAGCCAAGGACCACACUGACCAACUACAGCCCUGGCGGCGGGGUGCAGAGGGUUCCUGAGAGCCCUAAGCACCAGAGGAAAGGUCUCCUGGAGGCCCCCCAGAGCCCAAAGCCAGCCCGCAGAGGCCAGAGCCUGGACAGCCCAGGGGGGGUGGGUUCAGAGAGCCCUAGACUGACCCACCUAUCUGUUGCCUCAGCCGAUGCAGGGUACAUGGGCAGGAACGCAGUGCCAAGUAGCCCCAGAUUCACGGCCAAGUUCCCCUACACCUCCUCCUCCCCAUCCAGUCCCAGGACGAAAGCGGGCACCAUCCUCCAGGAGCGCCCGGCCAGCCCCUUCAGAGAGCAAGUGGACCACUCCCUCACCUCCAGCCCUUCCAGACAGCUGCUAUCUCAGCACAGCAGGGCCUUUCAGCCUCCCCUGGACCCAAUCGUCCACAUCAUCCAGGGGGGUUCUCCACUCCAGCAGCACCACCCCUUCCCCCACCCCCGCACGCUGCAGCCCCCAGAGAGCCCUCGACUGUCUCGCAGGAACCUUGAGCUCAGCAGCGGGGGCAGCAGCAUGAAGGAGCUCCCUCCUCUCAGCCCCUCCAUGGCUCGCAGAGGGGUGCCUGUUCUCCCGGGGGCUCUCCCUGGAAGUAUCCCCACAUUGAGAACACCUGAGAGCCCAUCAUCAUUGGGGAAGUUGGGAGUCCCGGAGAGCCCCAGGUUCCAACGCAAGGCCGAGUCCCCCGCGGAGGACCAGUUUGGCGGCAGUGUGGUCCGAGCCCGCAGCCCCUCCCCCACCUCAGGGUUGAUGAUGAUGGAGAGCGGGGGAGGGGGGAGGAAGGCCAGCUUUGGGAAUGCCCUCUCCCCAGCUUACAGCCUGGGCUCUCUGCCUGGCUCCUCUCCUCUUGCCAGCCCCAGGGGCCAUAGGAAGAUGUCUGGGGGCCCCCGGGAUCUAAGGGGCCCCCACCCGGGCAUGCGGGAGCGCAAAAAUAGCAUCUCUGAGAUCAGCGACAACGAGGACGAGCUGUUGGAGUACCACCGGCGCCAGAGAGAGGAGAGGCUCAGGGAGCAGGAGAUGGAGAGACUGGAGAGGCAGAGGCUGGAGACCAUCCUGAACCUGUGUGCUGAGUACAACAAAGGCGACGUGCCCUUGGGGGGUGAGGCAGAGGGGAGGAUGGGCUUCCCUGGGGGUCUGGGACCGGGGGAGGGGGCGGCCAGGAGAACCUCUAUGGACAGCUUGGCAGGGUCCAGCUCGCUGCGUCGUAGCAUGGCCCAGAGACAGCAGAGGGAGAGCGACGAGGAGAACCUCAAGGAGGAGUGCAGCAGUACAGAGAGCACCCAUCAGGAGGUGAGGACACCACUUCCUCCACAGGCCCUCCACAAUGGAGACCGAUACCAGCAUGAAGAGCAGUCUGUUUCUGGCGGCGUGGAGCGGGCAGAGCUGGGUUACCUGGAGGACGAGAGGGUCAGAGUGCUGGCCCGAGUCGACGAGCUCAAAUCACGGAUUACAGAGCUGGAGCAACAGCUACAGGAGUCCAAGCAGGAGGCGGAGAUGGAGCGGGCCCUGCUACAGGGGGAGAGGCAGGCGGAACUGGACCAGAUGGAGGCAGAGACGGAGAUCAUCAGACAGCUGCAACACAAGCGCAAGGAGCUGGAGAACACCAUCCAGAGGGAGAAAGACAAGGCAUUGCCAAAUCCUGGAUGGCUUCCCAAGACCGUAUCUAGUUGGUUUUGCCAUCCCAAGGAGAGAGCAAAUGUUGACGCAGAGCGCCGAGCCCUGGCGAGCCUCCAGGAGGGCUACAGUGAGCUGAAGAACCAGCUUCAUAACUGCCCCGAGUCACUGAGGGAGCAGUUACACGAACAGCUCAAAAGGGAGGGCGAGACACUGGAGUCGGAGACAAAACAGUUUGAGGACCUGGAGUUCCAGCAGCUGGAGAGGGAAAGCAGCCUGGAGGAGGAGAGGGAGACCAUCAGCCAGCAGCUGUUGCAGGAGAGGGCCGAGUACCACACCAGCAUGGCCAAGAGGAAGGACAAGGUGGCAGCUCUGGAAGUCCAGGCCAGUCAGCUGGGACAGCAGGCGUCUCAGGAGUGUGACAAGCUGGCUAAGGACAGGAACCUUACCCUGCAGAUGCUCCAUAAGGAGAAAGAGAGACUAUCGGCCCUGGAGAAGAGGUACCUCAGCCUUACUGGAGGAAAGACUUUCCCUAAGAGUUCCAGCACCAUGAAAGAGGUGUUCCGCUCCAAGCUGGACAGUGAUGCUGGACAGACGGUACAUCAACCCAAAGCAGGCUCCGGAUCCCAUCUGCAGUGUGGAGCUGCCACACUGGGACGCAACACAAUCUCCAAGAGCCCACUGAUGGUCCCCAACAGUACCGGCAGUUUGCCACGGAACUUGGCUGCCACCAUGCAGGACAUAGAGACCAAGAGAGCGCUAGCCUUACAGCAGAAAGAGUCCUCCUUGCCUUCCACGCCUGAGUCUCCCUGCUCCACCAUGGACAAUCCCACAGACCGACAGAUAGACAGACAGACCUCUGAGCCUGGGAGCCACCAGGUGAUCGAGGACCAGCGGCGUCGAUUGGCUGAGCUGAAGCAGCGGGCUGCAGUGGAGGCCCAGUGCCAGUGGGAUGCGCUCCACGGCUCUCAGACCCACCUCAACACCCAGUAUGCCCCUUCCCAUGCCCAAGGCCCUCCCAUGGUGCACCACUCCAUCCUGCACCACCAGCCACCACCGGCGGGCGAGCAGCCAUACGACACACUGAGUCUGGAGAGCUCUGACAGCAUGGACACCAGCGUCUCCACCGGCAACAACUCAGCCUGCUCCCCCGACAACAUGUCCAGUGCUAGUGGGAUGGACGCGCUGAAGAUCGAGGAGAUGGAGAAGAUGCUGAAAGAAGCCCACCUAGAGAAGGCCAGGCUCAUAGAAUCCAGAGAGCGUGAGAGCCAUGCCCGUAGGCAGAUGCUGGAGGAGGAGAGGAGGCGGCGCGAGGAGGCUGAGAAGAGGCUGCAGGAAGAGACGGUGCACAGGCAGCAGCUAGUGGACAAGGAGGUGAAGAUGAGAAGCAAGAACUUCUCCCAGGCCCGUCCUAUGACUCGUUACCUGCCCAUCCGCAAGGAGGAGUUUGACCUGCGCUCCCACAUCGAGUCAUCCGGCCACAACGUGGAGACCUCUCACCACGUGAUCCUCUCAGAGAAGAUGUGUAAGGGUUACCUGGUCAAGAUGGGCGGCAAGAUCAAGUCGUGGAAGAAACGCUGGUUUGUCUUCGACCGCCUCAAAAGGACCUUCUCCUAUUACGUUGACAAGCACGAGACCAAACUGAAAGGAGUCAUCUACUUCCAGGCCAUUGAAGAGGUCUACUACGAUCACUUGCGUAUCGCCACGAAGAGCCCCAAUCCCUCGUUGACCUUCUGUGUGAAGACUCAUGACAGACUCUACUACAUGGUGGCCCCUGCCCCGGAGGCCAUGAGGAUAUGGAUGGACGUUAUAGUAACUGGAGCCGAGGGCUACACGCAGUUCAUGAACUAAUACUGGAGACUUGCGUACGUUGACAUAAGGUCAUAAGGAGACUGUUUCGGCAGGAACACUUCAAGAGAUUCAGGCCUUUCCUUCUAGCGCCUCUCCCAAUAUUGGGAAAUUGCCUUUUUAUUUUGUUAAGUUCAUUAUAUCUAUUUUUAAAUCUCACAUCUCUCACUUUACAAUAUACAUUUUUUCUCCACUGGUUUUUCUACUUGCUUCUGCCCACUCAUUAAAAAAGGGAGCCCUGGAAGAGACACACACACACUGUAUUUAACCAAACAACAUAACUGUCAGACUUUCUGCUGAAAAGCCUUUCUAUAUUGCCAAAUGGAGAUCUUGUUUUAGUUAGUCUCUUACGUGAGACCUAUUUUGUGUAUCAGUAAAUGUCUUUGAUAGUUUUCUUUUUUUUUUUACACACGUGGAAUAUUGCCAAAUGACAUAACAAUGGUUUCAAACAGAUGGUCGUUUUUAUGGAAUGUUUCAAAUAGAAUACAAAGGCAUUUGCCCAAAUCUACUUAAGUUUAUCAGUAAGUGAAAGAUGUAAUCAUUUAAGGAAUGCUUAAAAGAAAUUCUAUUGAAAAUGGAGAAUAAACCAAAUUGAAAUCAGUAAGACCAUGACACAACACACCAACUCAGGAGUCCAUACUUAAUUUAAGUUCCACAGAUGAAACUAGAUCUUGAUCCAUCUCUGUGAUCUUACUUUACUGAACUAGAUUCCACUGUGUCCGUCUUAUACUACUCCUAAAGACACACACAGUCUGUUUGCCAAGUCCUGAUAACUUGACCCCUUGCGGAAGCAGCCAGUCCAUCACUGCCAGCCUACAACACCAGGAGCUCUAGGGACUACAUAAACGAGACAACAGUACAUGUCAUUAUAAUAAUGCUAAUCAUUCUGUGCCUUGAUGUGUCGUAAUACUCCUAGUCUGUAACUGUUGAUCGUGCUGGUUUACAAUCUUUGUUAACAGUAUCAGAAUUCAACAGACUUGCAUGGGGAAGAGAGAGGGGAGUCUGCUGUUUUGAUGCAGCAAUACACAAGUACAUGUGAACAGUAACCUCCCCUGAAUUCCAAGUUCCAGCCCCCACUACAUCCUACGCUCUUGUGUUGAUCUGAGAUGAUUGGUAAAGAGGUGGCAGCUACAUAUCGCUCUCUGAUACGCAAUGUGGAAUUGUCGCCAUAUACUAUUGCUUACACAGAUCUACACAAGUGCACAUGGUAUAUGGGCUUGUUUUCAGGCUCAGGGUGCAUUUCAGCUUUAAUAGAACGUCAAAUGAUCUGGUAGCUUGACAUAAUCAUUGUAAAGGACUCAGACAGGCGACACGAUCACAACAACAUUUAUAAAUCACCAUCUGAAUAUCUUUUUAAAGAAGACUAUGCUGUGAUUUUGAACAUGUAAACCUGGGUGUUUAGGUUUAUUGAGAAGCCUUGUGAAAUGUAGUUCUCUUUUUCUAUUUAUGGUUAACCUGCCUGAGAUACAGUAGUACUGUAAACUAUGUCACUGUCAAGUAGAGGAAAAGAGACUAGUGAGAAAAGACCUUAAUAUAUUUUCCUGUUUAUUUUUUUCCACACACCGAAAUGGGUGCAACCAAAUAUUCAGCAUUGGCCAGAGGUAUAUUAUAGUGUUGUAUGAAAAUGUAAUUUACUCAUCAUUCAACCCGUAUUGUAUAAAAAGCUAUUUACUUGUUUUUGUCAUUUCAAAAGAAUGGUCAGAAUACACUUCGGUAUACUUAAAAGAACACUCACAGGGUCAUAUAACUGUCUACACUCCCUCAACACUGUGUAGAACAUCUCUCACACCAUCUUCAGACUAUAUUAUGUUGACGGUACACUGUUUUAUACAGCACUUUCAUGUAUGGAUUAUAUGGAUAUUGUCAGAUCUAUUAAAACAGAAAUGUUACUGUGAGUCUGGUUUGAAAUCAUAGCAACAUGGCCAUGGUUUUAUUAAAACAUUUCAUUCUCAUCGUC